AUGAAGAGAGUCGGAGAGAGAAUGUCCCCUUGGAGUGUACCUGCGAGCACCGGUAGCGCCACAGAAAAGCUUGCCCCCCCAUUUCACUCGCUGGACGCGGCCACUCAAGAAGGGUGCCACGGGACAACUUUGACGGUGGGAGGGACCAUCGUAGUCCCAUUGUCCGACUACCGCCCGCCUCAAGCCGGGCAGCCCCCGGUCAAAAAGGUGUCGGUCCGCCAACGUCUGCCGCUUCAGAGGGAGCCUGGAGCUCAGUGUCCAACACGAAAAGCAGACGAAAACUCAGUACCCAACAGACAAAGUAUUGUAAAAAAAUCAUCCGUCUUGCGCCUGGCAACCUGGAAUGUCAGGACAAUGUGUCCUGGCCUCUUUGAUUAUCAGAUCGAUGACUCCAGGAAGACAGCAAUCAUCAACCGCGAGCUGAUGAGGCUCAACAUUGACAUUGCUGCUCUACAGGAGACCAGACUUCCAUCAAACGGUAGCCUCAGAGAAGAGGACUACACCUUCUUCUGGCAAGGGAACGAACCAGAGGAACCCCGCAUGCAUGGUGUAGAAUACGCAGUAAGAAACUCUCUACUGUCCUCAGUGGAACCGUCGCCAGAGGGAACAUCCCGAAUCCUCUUCCUUCGCCUCUCCACAUCUUCCAGUCCAGUCAACAUCCUGAGCAUCUAUGUUCCUACACUGAGCUCUGCGACUGAGACCAAGGAUGAGUUCUACGAGGAGCUCGAGACAACCAUCAGUGGGAUCCCAGCCACAGAGCAACUUUACCUGCUUGGGGACUUCAAUGCUCGAGUCGGAGCCGACCAAGAAUCCUGGCCUCGCAGCAUCGGCCACUUUGGCAUUGGCAAACUCAACAAAAAUGGCCAGAGACUUCUCGAGAUAUGUUCCUACCACGACCUCUGUGUGACUAACACAUUCUUCGCUACCAAACCUCGACACAGGGUAUCCUGGUGCCAUCCCAGAUCACGCCGCUGGCACCAGCUGGACCUUAUCAUUACUAGAAGACUCUCACUGAAUAGCGUCCUCUCACCUCGAAGCUAUCACAGCGCUGAUUGCGACACCGACCACUCGCUGGUUGGUAGCAAGGUGCGACUUCAGCCCAGACGGAUCUACCGCUCCAAGCAGAAAGGACGCCCACGUAUCAACACAGCUAGGACAGUACUGCCAGAUCUGUGUAAGCGCUUCGACGACUCCGUAGAAGAAGCCCUCCGUGACUGCCCUACAAGCAGCCCUGUAGAGAGAUGGAACUACAUUCGCGACGCCAUCUAUACCUCUGCCAUGGGCACCUUCGGAAAGAGAGAGAGGCACAACCCAGACUGGAAGGCUAGGAACGACGCUCAGCGGACAGCUCGGCGCAGUGCCAACGACUACUGGCUAAACCUUUGUGAAGGCAUCCAGCUCUCUGCUGACUGUGGAAACAUUCGUGCAAUGUACGACGGCAUGAAGAAAGCGUUCGGUCCCAGCAUCACUAAGACUGCACCUCUGAAAACAGCCACUGGCGACAUCAUCACAGACAGAGGAAAGCAGAUGGAGAGAUGGGCCGAACACUAUAAAGAGCUCUAUUCAAGAGAGAACGUCGUCAGCGCAGCGGCCAUUGAGAACACAGACACCCUAUCACUUAUGGAUGAGCUAGACACCCCGCCCACCAUCGACGAACUCAGAAAGGCCAUUAACUCCCUGGCCAGCGGGAAAGCUCCUGGUAGUGAUGGGAUUCCCCCAGAGGUCGUCAAAGCAGGCAAGAACACUGCCCUACACCACCACCUGCACGAGCUCCUACUCCAAUGUAGUGAGGAAGGAGCUGCCCCGCAAGACAUGCGCAACGCUAGCAUCAUUACGCUCUACAAGAACAAAGGAGACCGCAGCGAUUGCAAUAACUACCGACGAAUAUCACUUCUCAGUAUUGUUGGGAAAGCCUUCGCCCGAGUAGUACUCAACCGGUUGCAGAAACUUGCAGAGCGAGUCUACCCCGAGGCACAAUGCGGCUUCAGAGCCAAAAGAUCAACCAUUGACAUGGUCUUCUCAUUACGGCAGCUGCAGGAAAAGUGCCGAGAACAGAGGCGCCCGCUGUACGUGGCCUUUAUUGACUUGACGAAAGCAUUCGAAUUGGUCAGUAGACAAGGCAUGUUCACCCUGCUACAAAGGAUUGGUUGUCCCCCCAAGCUCCUGAGGAUGAUCUUGUCUUUCCACGAAGACAUGUAUGGCACCGUCCAGUACGAUGGUUCAUCCUCGGAUCCCUUCCCAAUCAAUAACGGCGUGAAACAAGGAUGCGUACUAGCUCCGACACUCUUCGGCAUCUUUUUCUCCCUCCUGCUGACCUUUGCUUUUCAUCGGUCAGAAGACGGAGUGUACCUGCACACCAGAAGUGACGGAAGGCUCUUCAACCUCGCACGUCUCCGAGCAAAAACUAAGGUCCGCAAGGUCCUGAUUAGAGAGAUGCUGUUCGCCGAUGACGCCGCCUUGACUGCGCACACAGAGCCAGCCUUGCAGCGACUCAUGGACCGCUUCUCUCAUGCGUGUAACGAGUUCGCCCUCACCGUCAGCAUCAAGAAGACCCAAGUCAUGGUCCAGGAUGUUUGCAGCAUUCAUAGAAUCUCCAUCGAUGACCACAUCCUCGAGGUGGUAGGCACGUUCACCUAUCUGGGUUCCACCAUCUCCAGCAACCUGUCCCUGGAGGCAGAGUUAAACAAACGCAUCGGCAAAGCAGCAACAGUAAUGGCUCGCCUUGGGAAACGCGUUUGGGACAACGCAAUGCUGACCACCAACACCAAGCUAGUGGUAUACAAGGCUUGCAUACUCAGCACGCUCUUGUAUGGCAGCGAAGCCUGGACACUGUACUCCCACCAAGAACGUCGACUCAACGCCUUCCACAUGCGCUGCCUCAGAAGAAUCCUGGGCAUCAGUUGGCAGGAUCGUGUCCCGAACAAGGACGUCCUGACACAGGCCGGAAUGACCAGCAUGUACGCCUUGCUCAGCCAGAGGCGUCUGAGAUGGCUCGGUCAUGUUAGCCGAAUGGACGAUGGCCGAAUACCGAAGGACGUGCUGUACGGAGAACUAGCAACCGGUGCCAGACCUGCGGGGAGGCCCGUCCUCCGCUACAAAUACGUCCUCAAGCGUGACAUGAAGGCAGGAGGGAUCGACCAAACAAGCUAG